AAAACAAACAGAAAGCCCUAAAUCAAUCGACACGAGUGAGCAAAGAUACACCACCGAAAACCCUCUCGUCCGUCGUCGUGCGUCGGUUCCGUCGCCGGCGUGCUCCGCCGUUAGCUUCAUUGCAGCUAUUCACCACUGUUAUCUGUCACAUCUUCAUUUUAGGUCUACCGUCUGCUUCCGUGGGCUUUCGUCCACAACACAGGCUUGUUUACAAUUUCACAAAUAAGAUAAUGGAAUCAACAUCUCAAGGGCCAGGCUCUGAUCCACCUGUUGAAGGGAAAUCUUCUACAUCUUUGACUCCAACUGUGGCACCUGCUUCAGUUGCUGGUACUCCCACUUUAAAGGAUGAAGGCAUUGUAGGCACUGAGUCAACGCAUGACUCUGACUCAGCAAACCGUGUUAACUCACAUGGUCAUGUUGCUUCCACCCCUUCAUUUUCGUACAAUGUGCCUCCAAAUGCUAGUAUAAAUUCUGAGAGCCCUCAUCCAUCUUCCAGCACUGCUAUGGUAAAUUCACCAGGUUCUUCAUCUCUUCCUAGACCUCCUGUUCCUGCUAGUUCUGGUCCUUCGUUUUCAUACAACAUUCCGCAAGCCGAUAUUGUUUCAUUUCAGUCGACAAUGGUGGCUGACUCAGCAAAGUCUGAAGCGCCAAAAAAUGUCUCAACUUCUGCUACAUCCUUGCAACCUCCUGUUUCUGGACACCCGACACACCCCGGUUCAUUUAUGCAAGGAAUGAAUACACAGGUCAGGCCACCACCUUCGUCUGUUGCUGUUCCAAGAGAAGUGGCAUCAGAUGCUGCUAAUUUUUCUUAUAAUGGAAACCACCAGUUGCUGCAGAAGGAUCAGUCUAAUGUUACCGGGCCUACUGUGUCUCCUGCUACAUCCGUUCCUCAUCCUGUUUCACAGCAUGCUUAUUCGCCUUUAGGUGCCGCAUCAUCAAAUCCGAACACUGCUUCACCACCAUUUAGGAUGCCACCUGGACCACCUUUUCAACCGCCUCCAGGUGUCCCAAGGACUCCUGUAACACCUCAGCAACCAUUUUAUGGCACCUAUGCUUCCAAUCCCCCCAUGGUGGGCCCUCCUCAAGGAGUCUGGCUUCAAUCUCCACCAAUCGGAAGCUUGUCUAGACCGCAACUUUUACCAUAUCCACCUGCGUUUCCUGGCCCAUUUCCUUUGUCAGCUCAACGCACGCCACUGCCAUUGGUCCAACCAUCCAAUGCUCAGCCUCCUAGUACAUCAAUUGGAGUUUCGGGCAGCGUGGCUCAAGAAUUACCUCCAGGGACUUACAAUAACAAGCAUCUAAAUGCUGUUGGUGUAAAGGAAGAAUCUGUUGCUGGUGAUCUGUUGGAUGCUUGGUCAGCACACAGGACUGAAACAGGAACCAUAUACUAUUAUAAUGCUGUGACUGGACAGUCUACAUACCAAAAACCUGUUGGUUUUAAGGGAGAGCCUGAUAAAGUUUUUGCACAACCAACUCCGAUUUCAUGGGAGAAGUGUGCUGGCACAGAUUGGUCAUUGGUCACCACAAAUGACGGGAAAAGAUACUACUACAAUGCUAAAACCAAGCUGAGCAGCUGGCAAAUACCAGCAGAUGUGGCCGAGUUAAGAAAGAAGCAGGAAAGUGAUGCUUUAAAAGAACAAUCAAUAUCAGUGCAAAACGUAACUACUUUAACUGAAAAAGGAUCCGGCCCAUUAAGCUUGAACGCCCCUGCUAUUACCACAGGUGGCCGUGAUGCCAUAUCUCCUGUCUCAUCAUCUGCACUUGAUUUGAUAAAAAAGAAACUGCAAGAUUCUGCAGCUCCUGCUACCACUGAAUCUGAUCUGAACGGUUCUACACCAGUUGAUCAAGCAGGGAAGGGCCCACAUGGUGAGAACGGAAAAGACAAGGUCAAAGAUGAUAAUGGUGAUGGAAAUGUUUCAAACAGCUCGUCCGAUUCAGAUGAUGUGGACACUGGACCAACCAAAGAGGAGCGUGCUAUCCAGUUUAAGGAGAUGCUCAAGGAGCGUGGGGUGGCCCCGUUUUCAAAAUGGGAGAAGGAGCUUCCUAAAUUUGUGUUUGAUCCGCGUUUUAAGGCAAUACCAAGUUAUAGUGCUCGAAGAGCCAUAUUUGAUCAUUUUGUCAGAACUCGUGCUGAAGAAGAACGCAAAGAAAAACGAGCCGCGCAGAAGGCUGCAAUCGAAGGUUACAAACAGUUACUGGAUGAGGCGAAGGAGGAUAUCACCCACAACACUGAUUAUCAAACGUUUAAAAGAAAAUGGGGCCACGAUCCAAGGUUUGAGGCCUUGGACAGAAAAGAACGCGAAGCAUUACUAAAUGAAAGGGUUAUUCCACUAAAGAGGUCUGUUGAAGAAGAGGCCCGUGCAAAACGGGCAGCUAUUGUUUCUAGUUUCAAGUCAAUGCUUAGGGAGAAUAAGGAUAUUUCUUCAACUUCUCGUUGGUCCAAGGUUAAGGAUAUGUUUAGAAAUGAUCCUCGAUACAAAUCUGUUAAGCAUGAGGAUAGGGAAGACAUAUUUAAUGAAUACAUUUCUGAGCUAAAGGAGUCUGGCGUUGAAGCUGAAAGGGCAGCAAAGGCAAAACGUGAUGAAGAGGAGAAAUUGAAGGAAAGAGAGCGGGUAUUGCGUAAGCGAAAAGAGCGAGAAGAACAAGAAGUGGAGAGAGUGCGUUCUAAAGCUCUCAGAAAGGAAGCUAUCGAGUCAUAUCAAGCAUUACUUGUAGAAACAAUCAAAGAUCCACAGAUUUCAUGGAUGGAUGCAAAGCCUAAACUAGAGAAGGAUCCUCAAGGGCGUGCAGCAAACCCUUAUUUAGAUCAAUCAGAUCUCGAAAAGCUUUUCCGUGAACACACUAAGUUAUUGCAUGAUAGGUGUGCAAAUGAAUACAAAGCUUUGUUAGCUGAAGUAAUAACCACAGAUGCAGCUACAAAAGAAUAUGAAGACGGUAAAACAGUUUUUACUUCAUGGUCAACAGCCAGACACUUGCUCAAAGACGACACUCGGUACAACAAAAUGCCAAGAAAAGACAGAGAACCUUUAUGGCGGCGGCAUGUCGAGGACCUGCAACGAAGGCGCAAGUCAACAGUUGACCAAGAUAUGGAAAAACAUGGUAUAAGAGAAGCCAUGAUCGCCGAUAGCUUUAUUUGGGGCUACAUGUCCGUUGACAUUUUAUCAGCCUCUUAACUGCCUGCUCUGUGAUCUCUUAAAUAUUCUUUGUUUUCCAUGUAUACUAUGUUAUGGCUAUAGAUAUGAUCGUAUCGUCUAGUUAAGGUGCGGGUGUUAUGGUUAAAUUAGAAUUUUUUUACUUCUGGUU